CCCCAUACUCAUUCCAUCAUCAUCAAAUUAACCACUUAAUUAUUUUCCCAAGUCACCUUUCUAAUUAAUCUCUUCAUAAUCAUUUUCUUAAUCAUUUUAUUUUCUUAAGUUGAGACAAUGGCGAUGAGAGGGAAAGACGAGGCGGCGUUACGAUUCAUAGAGGAGGUAACCACCCAAUGUGGGGAGGUGCAAAGAAAGGUUUUGGCUGAAAUAUUAAGUCAAAACGCAGAAACGGAGUACUUGAAACGACAUGGAAUGAAGAAGGGGUGUUUUGAUGUUGAGACUUUUAAGAGAAAAAUACCAGUGGUGACGUAUGAAGAUAUUCAACCUGAUAUACAACGUAUAGCAAAUGGGGAUUUUUCUCCUAUUCUUUGUGCUCAACCCAUUUCUGAAUUUCUCACUAGUUCAGGAACAUCAGCAGGCGAGCGCAAGUUGAUGCCAACAACUGCUGAUGCAAUGGAUAGGAGGCAGCUGCUUUAUAGUCUUCUGAUGCCCGUUCUAAACCAAUACAUGCCGGGCCUAGACAAAGGAAAAGGCCUCUACUUUCUAUUCAUUAAGGCCGAAACAAGAACUCCAGGAGGUUUAGUGGCACGUCCUGUUCUUACAAGCUAUUACAAGAGUAGCCACUUCAAAAAUAGACCAUAUGAUCCGUACAAUGUCUAUACAAGCCCGAACGAGGCCAUACUUUGCCCGGACUCUUUUCAGUCCAUGUACACCCAAAUGAUUUGUGGUCUGUACGAACGCCUUGAGGUCCUUCGAGUGGGGGCCGUUUUCGCCUCAGGACUCCUCCGGGCCAUCCGAUUCCUCCAACUCAACUAUACCGAUCUUUGCCAUGACAUAAGCACGGGAACCUUAAGCCCGAAGGUCAAUAACCCUGGCUUACGUUCUUGCAUGGCAAAGAUCAUGCGGGCUGACCCUGAACUUGCUGAGUUCAUAAAAUGUGCAUGCGAGGGUGAAAAUUGGGAAGGGAUUAUUACAAAAAUAUGGCCCAAUACUAAGUAUUUAGAGGUGAUUGUUACGGGUGCUAUGGCCCAAUAUAUACCUACAUUGGACUAUUAUAGUGGUGGUUUGCCUAAGGUUUGUACUAUGUACGCUUCUUCGGAGUGUUUCUUUGGACUAAAUUUGAACCCAUUGUGUUCCCCUUCGGAGGUUUCCUAUACUAUUUUGCCCAACAUGGGAUAUUUCGAAUUUAUCCCACUCAAAAACUCCGGUGGUCCAAAUCGACUCGUUAAUUUGGCUGACGUGGAGGUCGGAAAGGAGUACGAGCUCGUUGUCACCACCCAUUCUGGAUUGUACAGGUACUGUGUUGGGGAUGUGCUCUAUGUGACAGGGUUCUACAACUCGGCCCCACAAUUCAAAUUCGUGAGGCGAAAGAACGUGCUACUCAGUAUUGACUCGGACAAAACGGACGAGUCUGAGUUACAAAACGCGAUUGAAAGCGCGUCUGCUUUGUUAAAACCCUUUAAUACAAGCAUUGUAGAGUACACAAGCUAUGCAGACACCACAACAAUUCCGGGUCAUUAUGUAAUCUAUUGGGAACUCUUAACUAAAGACUCAGAAAAUGGGCCGGGCGCAAAAGUAUUGGACCAGUGUUGUCUAAAAAUGGAGGAGGCCCUCAACUCUGUUUACCGACAAUGUCGGGUCUCGGACAAAUCCAUUGGGCCGCUUGAGAUCCGCGUGGUAAAGAAUGGGACAUUUGAGGAGUUAAUGGACUAUGCAAUAUCUAGGGGAGCUUCUAUCAACCAAUAUAAAGUGCCUAGAUGUGUGAAUGUGUUACCCAUUGUGGAGUUGCUAAAUUCUAGAGUUGUUUCGGCCCAUUUUAGCCCGUCUUUGCCUUAUUGGACCCCACAACGCGCCCAACCUCAACCCCAAUGAAGUAACAUUGGGUUGUGAGCUACUCUUGUAAGAGACUGUUUUUUUGUAAGCUGACCUCAAACAAGAAGCCCACAUAUCACAUAAUACAUAUUAGAUGGGCUAAUCAACCCAAGUAUAUGACGUGUCUUUCGGUGGGACUGUUUUAUGCAACAAUUUGUUAUGGACUGUAUGUAGGGAUAACAAAUGAUGUAUUGAGGUUCCCAUGUUUGGUUAAUUGAGUUGAAUUGGAAAAUAAAUUAGUAGUUGGAGUUGGUUAUCUUUGUAACUUAGUAUAUUUGUAUUUUUUUUUUUUUUUGAGUUUAUUGAGUUUGAUUAAUCAUGUGUUUAGUUUUAGGAUGUUUUUGUUAAGAAGCUAGUGAAAUCCUUAAAUUAUUUAAUAAAAGAUGUUUGUGAUUAUUUUCUUUUAAGAAAUGAUGAAUCUUCUUAAAAA